CACGCACCCUCCCUGCCUGGCCGCGCCUCUGCGACCAGGUGACCAGAUGAAAGAAGACAAUGAAAGGCAUGAAGAAAAGCCUUACAGAAGAAUAUCUAUACCUGGACUUUUCUCACCACACAGAAGGAUGUAUCUUUCCUCUUCAUACCUCUGUAACUUUGUUUUUAUUGUCAUACUGUGACUGCAAAAUCUUCAAAGUUUGCUUAGUUCUCACCAAAGAAAGUACGAAUGGUUCAUUACUAAGAGAUGUACUGUCCCAGGAUAUUAAAACACAGAUGAUUUCAAGGCAAGAACUUCCACCCAUAGUCCAGAAUUGCUGUCUACCUGCGGUAGUAGAGCAGCCAGACAACUUCUGUAGGGCAGGCCUUGCUGUUGUGCUGAGACACAUCAUCCAGAAGUCAUACGAAGUAGACCCGUCCAAGAAGGAAAUUUUGGAACUUCUGGGUUUUAAAAAGACCUGCUUGAAAGCCUGUGCUGAAGUUAGUCAGUGGACCAGGCUGUGUGAACUCACCAUUCCUUUGGUUAUUGAGGAUUUUCUCCGGGAGUCUUCGAAGCGGCCCCCAGCUAUCCCGGCGGAGAUACUGGAGCUGGAGAGGAAGCUCGGCGAGCCGGUGCGCGUGCACAACGACGACAAGCUGCGCAGGCAGAAGCUGAAGCUGCAGAAGGCUGCUGCAGCGGGCCCGCCGCUCGCUAAGGGAAGAGCCAAGAGCAGGGUCCACGCACAGGACACGUCUGAGCACGUGGGCUCCUCCCCCGAGAGUCUGGAACUGACGGUGGCCUUCUCCAAGCUCACAGUGCAGGAGACAGCGGCGACUGCCCCCAGGGAGCCGCCACACAUCCGGAAAGCGAAAGCCUCUGAGCUGCCCCCUCUGGAGCACGUGUUUGCGGAAGGGCUUUACUUCACCCUGACAGACAUCGUGCUCCUGCCCUGCAUCCAUCACUUCUUGCCUACUCUAUCUGGUACGUUCCUGCUCCUCCCUGACGACUCUGCAGAAAUGCCCCGAGUCCCGGGCUCAGACAUCUCAAGCAGCAAAAUGUCCAUCGACCGAGCUUUGAGGAAGCAGCAACAGUUAAACAACCUCGUUUACGUAGUGACAAAUCAGGCCAAGCCUGGUGACAGAAUCGUGGAUUUCUGCAGCGGUGGGGGCCACGUUGGGAUCGUCCUCGCUCACAUGCUGCCGUCCUGCCAGGUCACGUUAAUAGAAAACAAGGAAUUAUCAUUAAUUCGUGCUAAGAAGAGAAGUGACGAACUAGGUUUAAACAACAUUUGGUUCAUUCAAGCAAAUAUGGAAUAUUUUACAGGGAUGUUUAAUAUUGGGGUGGCGUUGCACGCUUGCGGGGUGGCCACAGACAUGGUGAUCGAGCACUGCGUCCGGAUACGGGCUUCCUUCGUCACAUGCCCUUGCUGUUACGGUUUCAUCCAGAACACCUCGAGAUUUAGCUUCCCAAAAAGUGAACAAUUCAAGAAAACUUUAUCAUACAAGGAACACAUGAUUCUGUGCAGAUUUGCGGAUCAGACAGCUGUCCAGCUUCCACCCCAACAAAGGCUCAUAGGAAAACAGUGCAUGUGCCUGGUGGAUCUGGACCGAGCGAGAGCUGCCGAAGAACGCGGCUACGCCGUUCAGGUGAUAUCCAUGGAGCCCGAGAGCUGCUCUCCCAAAAAUAACAUGAUCGUGGGAGUCCCCGUCUAGCAUGCGAUAUUCACAUUGGGUGUUUUGCCAUCAGUCUUCACGUCGAAAGCCCAGUGGCGUUCGGGGGGGUUCUUGGCAUGGCCGGGAAACAUUAGCCAUCCUGGACCUGUUGUGCUCAGGAAGGAAAGCAACGGGAAAACCUUGCAAGAAAGGCUCCCUGCAAAGCGUCACGAAUGCUCCUACAAUGUGUGGUUAAAGAACUGCUGG